AUGAAUAUUCGCGAAUCAAAUGAAUGGGCCAGAAACUCCUGUUACGACUUCUUUUGGGCCAACUACGAAGCUGCAAUGAAAUGGCAGCAGAAACAUUUUCAAAACUCCAUAAAAGCGGAAUUACUAGUUGCUCCUUCCACAAGUUCGCAAAAAUUGAUCCAGAAGGACGUUAAAAAACGAGCAAGAAAAUUGGAAAAUCGGCCAACAUGCUGUAAAAAAGAAGACCUUGUCCACACUGAAGAAGAGGUUGAAAAAAUGACCGAUGAAAUGCGUGAAUUUUUCGAGAAAACCAUACAACAUAGAAAAGAACGCGAUGAAGAGCGAGCACGACAAAAAAAAGGCAAAAAAUGGAUGAGACCGGACGAAGAAGAGUAUACGAAUGUUGAUAAAAUCAGCGUAAGAGGACGAUUUGCUCCUACAACAAAGCCGAAAAACGAGCAGGAAGCAUUCAUUGAGAAAAGAAAUGAAGCUAUAAAGUUGUAUGGAUCGUCUGCAGAAAGAAUUCUAGCAAUGGAAGCUUUUUUGGAGCUAAGAUUUGAAAACCAACUCGCUAUUUGCAAUCCAAAAAUGUGGCCUAAUAUUCCUUUUAGAUUCUAA